CGUAAACUUUGUUAUGGACUAGAAUAUAAUGAAAAUAUCUCUUGACAAAUGUACGUCUUCUCCAUUAAGACGUGGCAUGCUAGAGUUUAGGCUAAAAAUAAUUAUGGUGAACUAUUACUAAUAGUUGACGCUCGGAGAGCGUGUCUUGGCAUUUAGUGUUUGCUAGCAUUAGACCAUGGGCGUCGUAUAUUGAUUCUUCUGCGCUAAUAGGCAUUGGUCGUCUUUAGAUGGCAACUCUUAAGUACAGUUACUGGCUUGGGUAUGCUGGAAUAUGGUCUACUGGAUACGGUAUAGGCGACAGAGUCGGUGAGUCAUGGUUGCAUACCACUGAUGUAGGAUGCGGCAAAUUAGAUAUAUAUCCACUUAGUACUUAUUGGAUAUAAAUGAGAUACAAUAGCAUUCCACAUCAAGCUAUUUUUUUCGGUAAACAAUGAGUUCCGAGCUAGCUGGUUUUAAGAACAUUAUGUUUAUUCGUCAUGGAGAGAUCCCUCGUGAGAAGAAGGGACAUCUGCUUCAUGACCCAUUGCUGACAGAACAUGGACGAAGACAGUGUGAACGGUUGAGGAAGCACUUGGACGAUGAACAUUUGCAAAUUGACUUAAUUCUGUGUUCUCCAAUGCGUGACGUUUUACAAACUUUAACAAUUGCACUGCAAGAUUACCUGCAUAAGAAUCCUACGAUACCCGUUCAAGUUCUUCCACUUUUGCAGGACUGCAAGAGCAACAAUGUCGGCUCAGACGUUGAACAGCUGGAACAAGAGUUUCCUAAUUAUGAUUAUUCCGCGUGCCACAACACUCCGUUCCCGGGGAAAAGGGGUAUCAAUGCUUCAAACUUUGAAAUGAGUGUCCUUAGAGCGCGAAUUCUCUUUGAAUACCUGGCAGCUCUACCUCAGAAGAACAUAAUUGUUGUUACUCACGACUCUGUUAUACGUUUGCUUCAGGGAAAGCAGAAGCCUACUGACAAUUUGGAUGCCCCACCUAAAGAAGAAUCAUUUACUCCGUGUGAACACGAGUUUUAUACGUUACGGGGCAGCAAAAUAGACGGUUACCAACUUGUUCAGAAUAAUGACUUCAACAAAAAAGUUUAGAGAAAAAAAAUUUGUAACAAGCCAUGUUUUCCAAAAUCCAAAAAGAAUUGUUGUAAGUGAAUUUAUGAUGGUAAAUUUAAAUUAUAUAUUUAUGAACAAAAUCGAGCUAAAACGUAAUAAAUAAGAAAGUGGC